GGGCCGGUGACGGCUCAUGGACAGCAGGGCCGGCGGCCGGCGCUGCCCCGAGGCGGCCUUCCUGAUUCUAGAGCCUGCCAGGAUGGGGCCCCUGAGGCCCAGCCCAGGCCCCGGGGGGCAACGGGUGCUGCUGUCCCCCUUGCUGCUGGCACUGCUGCUUCUGCUGGCGGCAUCCCCAGGCCAUGCCACUCGGGUGGUGUACAAGGUGCUGGAGGAACAGCCACCCAACACCCUCAUUGGGAGCCUUGCAGCUGACUAUGGUUUUCCAGAUGUGGGCCACCUGUACAAACUAGAGGUAGGCGCCCCAUACCUGCGGGUGGACGGCAAGACAGGAGACAUCUUCACCACUGAGACGUCUAUCGACCGCGAGGGGCUCCGUGAAUGCCAGAACCAGCUCCCUGGUGAGCCUUGCAUCCUGGAGUUUGAGGUGUCUAUUACGGACCUGGUGCAGAAUGGCAGUCCCCGGCUGUUAGAGGGCCAGAUAGAGGUACAGGACAUCAAUGACAACACGCCCAACUUCGCCUCGCCCGUCAUCACGCUACCCAUCCCUGAGAACACCAACAUCGGCUCACUCUUCCCCAUCCCGGUGGCUUCUGACCGCGAUGCUGGCCCCAACGGUGUGGCAUCCUAUGAGCUGCAGGCCGGGCCCGAGGCCCAGGAGCUAUUUGGGCUUCAGGUGGCAGAGGACCAGGAGGGGAAGCAGCCACAGCUCAUCGUGAUGGGCAACCUGGACCGGGAGCGCUGGGAUUCCUAUGAUCUCACCAUCAAGGUGCAGGACGGUGGCAGCCCCCCACGCGCCAGCAGUGCCCUGCUGCGAGUCACUGUGCUUGACACCAAUGACAACGCCCCCAAGUUCGAGCGGCCCUCCUACGAGGCUGAACUGUCUGAGAAUAGCCCCAUUGGCCACUCAGUCAUCCAGGUGAAGGCCAAUGACUCGGACCAAGGUGCCAACGCGGAGAUCGACUACACAUUCCACCAGGCGCCCGAGGUGGUGAGGCGUCUUCUGCGACUGGACAGGAACACUGGACUUAUCACUGUGCAGGGCCCUGUGGAUCGUGAGGACCUAAGUACCCUGCGCUUCUCGGUGCUCGCCAAGGACCGAGGCACCAACCCCAAGAGUGCCCGUGCCCAAGUGGUGGUGACCGUGAAGGACAUGAACGACAAUGCCCCCACCAUUGAGAUCCGGGGCAUAGGGUUGGUGACCCAUCAAGACGGGAUGGCUAAUAUCUCGGAGGACGUGGCAGAGGAGACAGCCGUGGCCCUGGUGCAGGUAUCUGACCGAGAUGAGGGGGAGAAUGCAGCUGUCACCUGUGUGGUGGCAAAUGACGUGCCCUUCCAGCUACGCCAGGCCAGUGAGACGGGAAGUGACAGCAAAAAGAAAUACUUCCUGCAGACCACCACUCCACUCGACUACGAGAAGGUCAAAGACUACACCAUAGAGAUCGUGGCUGUGGACUCUGGCAACCCCCCGCUCUCCAGCACCAACUCGCUCAAGGUUCAGGUGGUGGAUGUCAACGACAACGCCCCUGUCUUCACCCAGAGCGUCACUGAGGUCGCCUUCCCAGAGAACAACAAGCCGGGUGAAGUGGUCGCCGAAGUCACCGCCAGCGAUGCCGACUCGGGCUCUAAUGCGGAGCUGGUUUACUCUCUGGAUCCUGAGCCAGCCGCCAAGGGCCUCUUCAGCAUCUCGCCUGACACUGGAGAGAUCCGGGUGAAGACAUCCCUUGAUCGGGAACAACGGGACAGCUAUGAGUUAAAGGUGGUGGCAGCUGACCGGGGCAGCCCCAGCCUGCAGGGCACAGCCACCGUCCUUGUCAAUGUGCUGGACUGCAAUGACAAUGACCCCAAGUUUAUGCUGAGUGGCUACAACUUCUCAGUGAUGGAGAACAUGCCGGCGCUGAGUCCAGUGGGCAUGGUGACUGUCAUUGAUGGGGACAAAGGGGACAAUGCCCGGGUACAGCUCACGGUGGAGCAGGACAAUGGUGACUUUGUUAUCCAAAAUGGUACGGGCACCAUCCUCUCCAGCCUGAGCUUUGAUCGGGAGCAUCAGAGCACCUAUACCUUCCAGUUGAAGGCGGUGGACGGUGGCGUCCCACCUCGCUCAGCUUACGUCGGCGUCACCAUCAAUGUGCUGGAUGAGAAUGACAAUGCGCCCUUUAUCACCGCCCCUUCCAACACCUCCCACCAGCUGUUGACCCCCCAGACACGUCUUGGUGAGACGGUCAGCCAGGUGACAGCUGAGGACAUCGACUCCGGUGUCAAUGCUGAGUUGACCUACAGCAUCGCUGGUGGCAACCCUUACGGACUCUUCCAGAUUGGGUCACACUCAGGAGCCAUCACCCUUGAGAAGGAGAUUGAGCGGCGCCACCACGGGCUGCACCGCCUGGUGGUGAAAGUCAGUGACCGUGGCAAGCCCCCGCGCUAUGGCACGGCCUUGGUCCACCUUUAUGUCAAUGAGACCCUGGCCAACCGCACACUUCUGGAGACCCUGCUGGGCCACAGCCUGGACACGCCACUGGACAUCGACAUCGCUGGGGAUCCAGAAUACGAGCGCUCCAAGCAACGUGGCAACAUCCUCUUUGGUGUGGUGGCCGGUGUUGUGGCCGUGGCCUUGCUCAUCGCCCUGGCAGUGCUCGUGCGUUACUGCCGGCAGCGGGAGGCCAAGAGUGGCUACCAGGCCGGUAAGAAGGAGACCAAGGACCUGUAUGCCCCCAAGCCCAGCAGCAAAGCCUCCAAGGGAAACAAAAGCAAGGGCAAGAAGAGCAAGUCCCCGAAGCCCGUGAAGCCAGUGGAAGAUGAGGACGAGGCGGGGCUGCAGAAAUCCCUCAAGUUCAACCUGAUGAGCGAUGCCCCCGGAGACAGCCCCCGCAUCCACCUGCCCCUCAACUACCCACCGGGCAGCCCUGACCUGGGCCGCCACUACCGCUCUAACUCCCCACUGCCUUCCAUCCAGCUGCAGCCCCAGUCACCCUCGGCCUCCAAGAAGCACCAGGUGGUGCAGGACCUGCCACCCGCAAACACAUUUGUGGGCACUGGUGACACCACGUCCACGGGCUCUGAGCAGUACUCCGACUACAGCUACCGCACCAACCCCCCCAAAUACCCCAGCAAGCAGUUACCUCACCGCCGCGUCACCUUCUCCGCCACCAGUCAGGCCCAAGAGCUGCAGGACCCGUCCCAGCACAGUUACUAUGACAGUGGCCUGGAGGAGUCUGAGACGCCAUCCAGCAAGUCAUCCUCGGGACCCCGACUCGGUCCCCUGGCUCUGCCUGAGGAUCACUAUGAGCGCACCACCCCCGAUGGCAGCAUAGGAGAGAUGGAGCACCCCGAGAAUGACCUGCGCCCUUUGCCUGAUGUUGCCAUGACAGGCACAUGUACCCAGGAGUGCAGCGAGUUUGGCCACUCUGACACGUGCUGGAUGCCUGGCCAGUCGUCUCCCAGCCGCCGGACCAAGAGCAGCGCCCUCAAACUCUCCACCUUCGUGCCUUACCAGGACCGAGGAGGGCAGGAGCCUGUGGGCGCCGGCAGCCCCAGCCCCCCGGAAGACCGGAACACCAAAACGGCCCCCGUGCGCCUCCUGCCCUCCUACAGUGCCUUCUCCCACAGUAGCCAUGAUUCCUGCAAGGACUCGGCCACCUUGGAGGAAAUCCCCCUGACCCAGACCUCGGACUUCCCACCUGCAGCCACACCGGCAUCUGCCCAGACAGCCAAGCGCGAGAUCUACCUGUGAGCCCCUUUCUGGCCGGUGGCCAUGCCCCUUCCCCAGCCACCGGCCAGGUCUGAGUUGGGCCCAUUCCAGGGUCCUGCUCCUGACCCCUUCAGCGUGGACUUCCCGGCCAGGGCCCCAAGUGGGGGUGAGUACCGGCCUCAUGACCCACACAGGCCCUUCCCCCAAGCAGGGUCCAGGUCCUCUCUCCUCACUUCAUCCCCCAGCCCCUGGGAGCCUUUCUUCCCCUUUAUGGGGCUCCCCCUCAGCUGGUGCCCAAGAGGGCUCCUCUACAAUGACUAGGCUCCCUUCCCUCGACUUCCAGGGAGCACCCCCUCACUUUGGGCAGAUGGUGGAGUCAAGGGUGGACGACACACUUUUAACUCAUUGUUUCCCACAUGGCCGACCAGGGCGGAGACAGGAUGUCCCCAUUCCAGCCCUGCUUCAGGGCUGAACUGGGGAGCCCCUCUCCCUGGGAACUCCCUGAGGAAACU